ACACUUCUGAAAUUUAUGCUGUACAUAGCAUUUAUGAAUAAUGUAUACUCAUUGUAUCGACACUGCCACACUGGACACAAUGUAAUUAUGCUACAUCAACAAAUUACAAGCUACAUUGGCUGUAAUGAAAUAAGAUGUGAAAAUAAUUUCUUAUGUAGUAAUUUCAUCCAUAAAAUAUACAUAAAUUAUAUUUUUAAUUGUUUUAGUUGUAUUUAGUUAUCAACAAUUAACUAUUGUUUUCUCAUGGCGUCGUUCAUAUUACGGUUUGUACAAUAUGGUUCAAAAACAACAUGGCAUUACAUGGAAAAAAAUGACUUUGACGUCAAAUCAAUUAAAAAAUUCAAACAACUCGAACAGUCCUUGGCAGCUUUUCGUAAAGUAUUAAGAUUUGGCCGCUUUGUUGAUUCAUUGCAUACUGCAUUGCGGACAGUUAAUCAUUCAGAUAAAACUAUUAGGUAUUGUGUGACAUUUUCAAAGAUAGCUCAUUCAUUGUAUUUGUUUUGCGACCAUUGCUUAUGGUUGAAUAGAAAUAACUUUUUACAAAUAAAUGCACCAAGAUGGGGUCAAGCAGGAAAUAGAUAUUGGCUACUAUCUAUAAUAAUGAAUCUUGUCAGAGAUGUUGUGGAGUUAAACAAUUUAUUUAAAGCAAUCCUGAAAAAAAAAAUUCUUAACACUUUGAAUAGAAAAGUAGCUCCUAAGAACGACUUUACUGGUGAAGCAGUCCAAUUUGUUCGUAGUCAUAAAGAUUUGUUAAUCGAUACUGUAAAAAAUAGCUGUGAUAUAAUGUUACCAUUGUCAAAUUUAGGAUUUGUUAGGUUAAGUCCAGGUACAAUAGGUGUAGUUGGUAUGAUAUCAUCAGUGCUCAGUUUGUACUCACUGGUGGACCAGAAAGCCAAGUUACCUUAUACGUGAACGAUUUGUUGUCAUUUAAAUUUAAUUUUUGUUAAUUCAACAAAUACCUAUCAAUACAAGAUUUUAAUAAAAAUAAGGGUAUAUGUUAUAACAUAAGUUUAAUUUGUCAAAUAAAAUAUAUUUUAUUAAUUUAUUUGUGUAUUUUAUACUUGUAUAAAUAUAAUAAAUAAAUAUCAACUUAAAAAUGUAUAACUUUUAUAUUGUGUAUGAAUUUUACAAAAAAAAAAUCUUAUUAUUUUUUAUUUACUUUGUUAUAAAUGUAUAAUAAUAUGUAAUUUAUAAGACGUAUCAUCAAGUAUUUUAAAUAAUUAAGUGAUUAACAAAGUUAUAACUUUAUAAGUCUGUUAGAAUAAUUUUAAAUUGUUAAAGGUGUUCAACUUUUGGAUUCUAUGGUAUUUGGAGGGUUUGACCUUUUAAAUAAUUUAAUUUAUGUGGAACAAAUUAAUCAAUAUAAAGUCAAAAAGUGCUGUUAUACUAAAGUGUUUUCCGUUUUUAUUUAUUAUUUAUUAUUUCUAAUUCUUAACUCCUAUUCAACCAAGAGUGCAUUAUAUUUCUUGUGUUAUGUGCUAAGUUAAUUAGAUGUUUUAACUUUUUGUUAUUGUUUUGAUAAAACCUUUAUUUUUAUAAAAUCCAUUCAUGUAAGCGGUGUAUUGCACCAGUUAUAUGAUAAAAUCAAUGGAAACAAACAGGAACUGAUUUGUUCCAUAUCCAUAAUGAUUAUAUAUUCCUUAUUAAUAAUUUUUUGCAUUUGUAUUAUUCUUUCCUAUUUAAAUAAAGGUCAGUUUUAAUAAAUAAUAAUAUAAUUUUUU